CAGAUUGAUGAGUGAGGCAAAUAAUCUGAAAACUUAUUCAACUGAAAUUGCGAAUUUAAUCAAUAAAUUGGAUAUAACUGAUGUUUUGACAAGGGAUCAGAUGAUUGGACAAGGAUUUGAAGAAGUUACUGCGUACUCUUAUAAAGUUGGAAGAUUAACAAUGGCUAUGGACCACGCGUCUUUGUGCACAAAUAACCGUUGUUGCCGUGGUUUUUGCUUUAGUAUUAAACGGAUUUUAAAACAUUACGGAGAAUGUUAUCACCUGGAUUGUAUGGAGUGCCAUCGAUUUAAUAUGGUUGUAUUUGAACAUUCCGUAUUUUGUGGUGAUAGCCGAACUUGUAAGAUACCUGGAUGCUUGUCAAUUGCCAGAGCAAAUGGAAGGAUUUCUGAUACUGCUGUGGAGCCCUGCACUUCUACUCAAUAAACUGCUAAUAUUUAAUUAUUUUAUAAAUUAUUUUUGUAAAUAUCAUCAUUUUUAAAACACUCCUACAUAUGGUAGCACAAUUACCAAAUAUUAUAGUAAAACUUUUU